AAGCUCUUGAAAACAGAGGCGCCGGCUCACCGCGGCUCACACCGCCCUGCGCCAGCGCCACGCAGAGUCCCCGCCUGUCACCUGACACAGCCAGCCCAGUCCGCCCGCAGACCAGCGCCAUGAAGGUCCAGCUAGUGCUCGCUCUGGCCGUCCUGGCCUCGUCGACGUUCGCCGCGGAGGAGGAAGCUAUGAAGAAGGAGGCGCUUGAGAUCAGGGGCAAGUGCCUUGCCGAUCUGAAGGGCACUGACGAGGAUUUAAAAGAAAUUGAAGAGAAACAUGAGGUCAGCACCGAUUUCGCCAAAAAAAUGACGCUGUGUGUUUUCCGCGCCUACAAGAUUAUCGACGACAAAAACAAGUUUUCUAAAGAUAACGUCGUAGAGGUGGCCAAGAAGGCAUUUGAUGGAAAGCCCAAGCAAGAGGACAUGCUGAAAACUGCACAGGAAAUAGCGGAGGCCUGUGACAAAGAAGUUGGUGCGCUAGAGGGACCUGCUGAAGAGACCGCCAAGUCCGUCUACGACUGCCUGAAAAAGAACGUGAUUGAGAAGUCAUCGGGUCAGCGCUAUGGGUUUGGCGGCGGCCCACUGUGAGGACGAUGUUGGAACUUUUUUCUCGAACACCGUUUGGACAGGGAAGCAGGGUUAUUGGUUGGCCUCUGUGGUCCUAGUCGGGGCCAGCUUGACGUGAGUCUGGCCCGGGCUUGCCGGCCGCGAACCGGAAAGCACGCGAGGCGUGAACAGCGCACGGGUUUUCACUCGCUGUCUCUUUUGCGCGCACCGUGGUGUUCGGGCGGGAAACAAGGACAGCAUGACUUGUCGUGGCGUGCGUGCAAUGGCAGCUCUCGUGCCCAUCUGACCCUCUGCAGAUGAGUUUUGAAUCUACAUUGAAAUAAAAACCAUGAUCUAUUUUCA